AUGGCGGUAGCUCAAGAUGGAAAUAGUAAUAUCUUUCCAGUUGCUUUUGCCCUUGUGGAGGGGGAGACCGCAGAUGGUUGGGGUUUCUUUCUAAAGAACUUGAGAAUGCAUGUAGCCCCUCAGCCUGGCUUGUGUUUGAUUUCAGACAGGCAUGCAUCAAUUGAAAGUGCUUACAAUAAUCCAGAGAAUGGUUGGCAUGAGCCUCCAUCUGUACAUGUCUAUUGUAUCAGACAUAUCGCACAAAAUUUCAUGAGGGAGAUCAAAGACCGUAACCUCCGAAAAAAAGUUAUCAAUAUGGGGUACGCUUUGAACCAACCAACAUUCCACUACUACCGAAAUGAAAUUGGUAUGGCUAAUGGUGAUGCUUUGAGAUGGCUAGACAAUAUUCCAUUGGAAAAGUGGACGAGGGCAUUUGAUGGAGGUCGGCGUUGGGGUCACAUGACAACAAACCUGGUCGAAUCGAUGAACUCGGUAUUCAAAGGGACAUGUAAUCUACCUAUUACGGCAUUGGUGAUGAAAGAAGAAACGGCAAAAUCCAGCACGCAUCAUGUAAGAAUAUUUGACUAUAACCAUAACACUUUCAGUGUGAAGGAGACAAUGGACCAUGGUGAAGGAAAGCCUAUGGGAGAUUACAAGGUAAACCUAAGAGAUCUUUGGUGUGACUGUGGAAAGUAUCAAGCUUACCGUGUUCCUUGUUCACACGUUAUUGCUGCAUGUUCUGUGGUGCGCCAAGACGCCUAUGCUCUACUGUCCGACGUUUACAGAGUCUCAAACUUAUUCGGUGUUUACAGCACAAGUUUUCCAGUACUACCAUUAGAUGAGUAUUGGCCAUCCUUUGAAGGAGAUCAAAUUUGUCACAACCCAUUGAUGCGGAGGAACAAGAAAGGUCGUCCGGUGAGCUCACGUAUUAGAACAGAAAUGGACAACUAUGAUAAGUUAGAGAGAAAAUGUGCGUUGUGUCCUCUUCCUGGUCACAACCGAACGAAUUGUCCAAAUGUUGGAACCAGUAAUGCAUAG